AUGUUCAGCUCUCCAGGCCCCCGCACACCACACCACACAUCAGCAGACAUAGCUCUCCUCCGUCUAGAUUCUCAGAAGAAAUUACAGUCCGCGUGGGAUUCGAUAUUCGACAAGUACGCGCACGACUUCACUGACGAAGCUGAUGAAAUCGAUAUCAAGGAAGGAAAUCUAGCUGUAGAUAAAGGUCAUGUAGUUUCAUUAGGUGAUAGAACUGUUUUCGGAUGUGCUUUUUAUGAAGAUGAUGAUUUAAUUGAUGAUGGUGAAGUGGAUCGGGAUGGGAUAGUAGAAAGAGAAGAAGAAGAAGACGCAUUGUCGACCCUUACUACGAUACCGGAUUUAGAACAACGUCCGUGGCUGAGACAGUUUUUGGUGGACGAUGAAGACUUGGAUGGUGAUGAUCAGCAGGAUAUACAGCAUGAGUCUCAUCAAGAGGAUGGAGAUGUACAUGAUGAUACAAUGGAAAAUGUACAUGAUGAUGUAAUGGACAAUGAUGUGAUACCGACAUCUAAUGCUACCGCAGGAUCGACUACAGAGCAUCAACCAACUCGUGUCGUUCGCCAGCCGACACCACCAAUCUCGUACGAAGAGGAUUCAUUCGAAAACUUGUAUUCUCUACCAUCUCCUGUAGGUGCAUCACGUAAAACAGCAACAGCAACACCAAUAGACAAUCAAAGUAAUCACAACACGAGCCCAUCACAACGUAAACGAGACUUAAACGCAGUCAUAGCUAAUCUCACAGCUACAACCACUACCCCAUCAGCACCAUCACCAAAUAACAUGUACGUUGCUCCAUACUCGAUAAAACGACACUAUACAACCCCGAAACCACAAUCCAAACCAUCACUAUCACGGCCACCAAGCACUGGUAAAGUACCUGACAAUAAAGUAUUAGAAGAACGAGCUAUCCGUGAUUCAACUAUAAAGGGACUAGUCAAUCAAGCUCAUGCCAACCUAUCUCGUCAUAAACCGUCAACAUCAGCAACAAGAGAGUCGUUAGAAGUUGUAGCAUCACAACGUGUAGAUGCGAUAUUGAAGAAACCUGCUGGAACUGGUGGGAUUGAGAAACCACGUGUGCAAUUACAGAGUCGGGUAGUUAUGCCCGUGGCUUCUAGUAGUAGUAAUACGCAGGUUGUCUUGUACAGCAAAAGGAAGCCUUUCAGUAUACAAGUAGGCGAUGAAGAUCCUAUAGUGUCUUAUACGCCAUCGCAGUAUCGCGUAGUGCACAAACCUACGACGGAUUUGAAGAAGGCAGCUAAGAGGGUGAAUUUCAAGGAAGUACUAGUGGAGUUUGCUGAACCCGCUCAUGAUGAUAGUGAUGAUGUGGAAGUCAUUGUCUGA